CUCGUAUUAGUAUGAUCGAGAAAUACUUAGUAUGGUUGACGACGCGACUUGUUCGGUUUUUAAUUACAAAUAGCCAAUUCUGAAUCGGAAUUUUUCCAAUUUUUUCGCGUAAAAGGUUGAAUUGGUUGAAAUAUUGUUUUGGGAAUUCGAAUUUUUUUACCACGUUUCGUAAUAUCAGUGAAUUUGUUUCUUAUUAAUGUCGUCAUUAAGUACCUAUUUGCGUAGGUAACCGAAGUACCUAUUUCGAGUAUAGGUAUACCUAAGUUACUAGCUGAAAUUUUUGUUACGUAAAUCUUUAACGUGUUGUACGCGGAAUUUACGUCGAUCGUUUAUGAUUCGUAUUCGUAUAAAAAUAAUGUUCGAGUAAUUCGGUUCGUCUUUUUUUUUUUGGAACGAGAUCCUCGUAGAUGAGGCGAAAAUCUUCAUCGAAGAGAAGACGAAACAUCGUGGUUCUGUCUCUGCUCGGCGAUUACUUCGGGAUGGAAGAACAAGGUGCCCGAUAAAGUCACGGCCGGAGGAGGCAGCAAGCACAGAAUAGCGGUCCUGCUGCACCGCACCAAUCAACAAUCACCAAUCCACCGUUCAGCUCCCGGAUCACCUUCACCUUCGGUGGCCAGCUACGGCAGCACAUCAUCAUCCAGUGAUCUGCUAGCAACCGCUUCUAGUGCUCUGCGUAGGCUGCAUUUCAAGUCUUCCAACGCUUAUCGAUCCACCAGAAAUCGCCAUCCACCCGAUCACAAUAUCCCCAAAGUUACCGUCGUCGGUAGUCGUUCGAUCUCUACGGAUUCUUCGGCUACGAUGAACACCAGUACUGAUUCGGCGAAUACCGCGAUGACCAUGGUGACAUUGACCGAUAAUGGUGAAACCGACAGUCCCGACGAGAAGAUCAGGAUAACUCCGAAUUUGCUGGAGCAUGCUUUGAAUCACACUCCGAGCUCGACGGAUAAAGAAGAAGAUUUCUUUAGCGCUUCCAGCAACGAAGAUGCAACCGUACGUAAGUCUUCCGAAGAUCUGAACGUUAUAUUCCCCAAAGAGGAUAUCGUGCUGGAGGAGUACGACGACUCGAUACAACCGUUGCUGCAGCAUUCGACCAUACCUCGAUCAGACGAAUCGUUCAGCACGGUCGAAGAUUCCAAACUGCCUGUGAUAACGGAUGGUGACCCGUCGCUCGAAUGGUACAAUAUCAAAAUGCGCCAGCAAAAAAUGGACGCUACGCAGAAACGCGCUUUGCAAACGAGAAGAAGACUUAAACUAUUAUCCAAGAAGUACUCGAGAUGUUACUUCGAAGAAGAAAGAGUCCGGAACGACAAAGGCCGCAAUUCCUCCGGUUUCGCUGCCGAACAAAUGACCAUCGAUAGCGAAGACUCGUUCCAGUGGGACUCGUCGUCGUUGGCUUCGCCUCCAGCGCCCACUUCUCCAACCGGGUCAUUGACACCGACCGAUACAGAGCAACCUUUGACGUGUCCUUCGCCUACCAAAACAAAACAACAUUUCACCUUCCCCCCGAUGACCGAAGCCAACGACCUACUGAACGAGUACAAAGUUAAAGUGGAUAAGCACCGGAGACAAUCCCAGAACGCUGGGAAGCCCCGCGAAGGGGCCGGUUCAGCAGGUGAAAUUAGCACAAAAAAAUUGAAAAUCGAAGGCAACUCGCCGCUUACAUCGCAACAGCCUCAGAUACCGCCGGCAUCGUCAUCAUCGUCGGCGCCCCACCAAGAAGAACGUUCUAUAAAUAAAGCAAUGCGUAACGGUAACGAAAGCGGUGUGGCUACCAUCGUCGUACAGCAGCCUUCAGUCACUGGUAAUUCGCCGGAUCAACAGACAUUCGAUAAAAGUGAACUUACCGUCAAUAAUGUACGUAGAGUUUCGAACGUGUUUGGUGAAACUGUAAUUGCUGACUUUAAUUCGGCCAUUAAUUCGACCUCGAAGCAGAAGGAAAAUAUGAAACAAAUGUUGGAUGUGACCAAUACGACCGCGUUGCAUCAGUGGCAGGAUAUCGAUACUAAAUACGGAACCACCCAUCACAAUCGUUCGCAAUCCGUUCGCACACCUGGCAGCAAAUCCAACGUUCAAGUAGGAAUAAACGGCACAUCACGUUACCGACCCAACUACCUAUGUCUUCCACAACAAAGAACCAGAGUAGCCAGUAUGCCAAAUACCGGAGUCGAAGAAGAGUAUUACAGACUAAGACAAUUUUCAAUUAGCGGCAAAGGCAUUAUCAACCGAGGAGACUCGUUGAAAAGCAGACGAUCCAGGAGCAAUACCAGCGUCGCAUCCAGUAAUUCUAGUCAUAGUACCGAGCAAGUAACAGUAUGCGGAACAACUUGCGCCAUGAUGUCUGGAGGAGCCUGUAGUUCACAUGGAGGCACAACCAGCGCUGUACCAUCAUUACCAUCUUCCAGGGAAUCGAGUUGUGCCAGCUGUCCAGGCAUCAAUCCGCCAUUUAGAGUUGUUAUGUUGGGAUCAUGUGGUGUUGGCAAAUCUUCCUUAGUAUCGCAAUUUAUGACCUCAGAGUACCUGCAAGCCAGCGGGAUCAGUAUAGACGAAGACUUUGGUGAAAAAUCAGUCUGCGUGUCGUUAGAUGGAGAAGAAUCAGAGAUAAUAUUUAUCGAUCAGCCUUCCUCGAAAGUAUCGCCGAUAGACGUAUCAAAUUACGAAUCUCCUCACGGUUACUGCGUCGUGUACUCGACAUCAGACAGAGAAAGCUUCCAGCAAGCCGAAGUUUACCUGCAGACGCUCUGGAGGACGGAUUCAAUUAGAACGAAAGCUGUUAUAUUAGUUGGAAAUAAGACUGAUUUAGUUCGUAUUAGAGCCGUAUCUUCGGAAGAAGGAAGCAAAAUGGCGACAUCGUACGAUUGUAAAUUCAUCGAAACUUCGGUCGGAAUCAACCACAACGUGGACGAGCUGCUGGUCGGCAUCUUGACGCAGAUACGUUUAAAACUAGAUAAUCCGCCCGAUCCGAGCAUCCCGAGGGACCAAUACAACGCUAAAAAACGUAACAGAUCGCCGCUUGGAAACUGCGCUCCGAGAUUAUACAGAGGAUCGCGAACAUCAGCUAGUCUAAGAGUUAGAAAAAUUCUUAGUAAAGUAUGGUCGAUAAAUUCCAAAUCGAAAUCUUGCGAAAAUCUACACGUAUUGUGAAUCCUUUUACCUACGUCUUACAUUCUUAUACUCGUAUAUCUAUGUACCUAUUCCGAUACCUAUCUACUCUAAAUCCAUCACAGCAGAAUAUCUGUAUAUUUCUACAAAUUGAUGAACUUAAUCGUCGUUAACUCGUCGGACCAAAAUUAUGAGCUUGAGAAGUGAAACGUUCGAGUGACCGCGUUUCUCAUCGUCGUAUUUUGUAAUAACGAGGUAAUUUACAUACGAGUUUACCUACACAGGUACUUAUGUAAGUACUUGCGAAAUUAUACCUAUACGUACUCACUUAGUAGCCGAUGAAGAAAACAAAAAAAUUAAUAAUCUAUAGUCUCUUUUGUUUUGUUUAUUGUACGUUCGUCGUUAUUAUUCGUAUCUAUGCGUAAUAUUAUUAUUAUUCUGUAUUUUUCCUGAUACUCCUUUUAGUGAAAUCAAAAGCGUUAUGCAUUUAUGUAGAUUUAUUUACCUAUACCCUUAACAUAUCAUGUACUCGAGGUUUUUCUUAUUUUUUUCAAUUUUUUGUUUGUUGUGUUUUGUGUUUGGUCGUAUUUAUUUUGACAUAUCGUUUAUUUAUAGGUGUGUUUUUUUUUGUUUUGAAAAAAGAAAAUUCCACGAUUGGUUGAUUGUUUUGCUUUGCGAAUAAAUUAUUUCCAAAGUUGAAAAGUUGGUCCGAAAAAUGAUUUUUGAUUGAAUCUUUGAAUACGAAUUGAAGAUCGAAGAAUCAAUGUAAUCGAUUUUAUUGUGUUUAUAAUUUUUAUUCAAAUUUUAUUUCAGUCAAAACGUCUUUACAGAGAAAUUUUUCUUCAAUUUAUCGAAGCAUUGUUCAUUUUUAUGUGUCUUUCUGGUGGAAAUUUCAUAUUUUAAAAUGUGUUUGUGUUUUUCUUCUUUUAAUUUAAAUUGGAAAAAAGUUCGUCAAUUUCUCGUUGAAUUAAAAAAAAAAUAGAUUUCCUUCACAGGAUUAUUUUUUUUUUUUUGGUAAAAAUAAGUAGGCAGGAGAAAAUCAACCAAUCGAUCUGCCAAAUAAAAUUUGAACGAAUUAAAGUCUUCUUGAAUUUUUAUACAUAUUCAAAUGUGUAAAAAUAAAUUGAAUACAAACCAUAUUCAUUUAGUGAUGAUGAAUUUCCAUAGCGUAAAUUACAAGUAGGUAAUUUUUGAUCAGAAAAUCAGAAUUAAAAAAAAUGUGUAAUUAUACUUACAAUAUUUAAAAAUUGAUUACUUGAUUUUUAAACAUUCCUGUAUUUUUUGUGUGUUUUUAAUUUUUUAUACGUAUGUUUGUGUAUUCCACAAUAUAUUAUAUCUUAGAGGUAGCAUUUAUUUAUUGAGGUUUUUGUAAAAAUUUAAAAAAAUAUAUUUUACAGUUUUACACCCUAGUACGUAAUAAUGUCUUCGAUUUAUUAUUUGUUAACAGGGUGUCUCACGAAUCCAACAAAAUAAAAAAAAAAUAUUCGAUCAAUCUGUCGUAUAAUUUUUAUUGUUGGUAAAAAUAUGUUUUAUUUUUCUGCAGAGAGUUUAUUAUUGUAUUGUUAAUUAUUAUUAUUAUAAUAUUUGACUUAUUCAUUGUAAUAGACAGAAAAUAGACCAAAAUACAUUGUACCUAUUAAGUACCCAGAUAAGUAAUUAAUUAAUAUAUUAAGUACAAGUGUGUCAAUAAUGAAGCAAUAUUUUAUCAUUGUAAUGUACGAAUUUUUCAAGUUCUGAGAGCCAAUAUCUGUAUCCUGUAAAUAAUGUAAAAAAAAAAAAAACUUGGCAAAAUAAUAUUUGACCAAUGGAAAGAAUAAGUUAUCCGAAUGGAUGCUCAAAUAUUCAUCAUUACAGCGUAUUUGGUUCUACAAAUUUAAUAUUUAAAGAAGUUUUGUUUUUGUUUUUGUUGUUUUUUCUUUUGAAUAGAUGUUAUUAAAUUAAAUUAAAUUUUACCAUAAUAUCUUACGAACAUUAUUAUGUCCGUCUAUUAAAUUAUACGUAAUUAUUACGCGAAUCCACACACGAUGAUUUGUUUUAAUAUUCAUAUUGGACCAAGUUAUUAUAGUGUUUUCAAUUAUUUGUUGUAUAAAAUACAAAAAAAAAAGAGUUUUACAAAAACAAAGUAUUAUUCAUUAUUUCAUUCGUAUAUGUAGCAAUAUUACUUAUUGAGAUUUUAUGUUAGUUUAAAUGUGUGAUUUUAUUUUAUUUAGUGUUUACAUAUUUUCACGUUUAAUUUUUUUCUUUUUUUAUUUUGUUUGUUAAAUAAAUAUAUCAAUUUUCCAUUUUA